UUGCUCACUGACAUGUGAGAAAGCUAUGUUUUAAGUGAUAAUGAGAUAGCUCUCAGCACUGAUGAAGUAAAAUUGUUGAUGUGUGCUUAAACAGCUGUAAGUUGUAGCUGGUUGCGGUUAGUUAAAUACGUUACAACUUUUUGUGUUAAUCGCAGUUUGCAGAACUCACAUUGACCCAAGCUCUAUGUUUUCUAUAUAACAAUUAAAUUUAAGCUAACAGUGUCAGGGCCGUCCGAUGACGACAAAUUCCCGUGCUGUGAGCUGGUCGCUAUGGCUGCGGAGAUGAGAGUUGUUUUGUCUCUCAUGAGACAGGUGGCUCCACACAGGAAAUAUAUCUGUCGUUGUGUUCAGUCUCCAGUGUCACCAUUUUUAUAUGUGGGUGCAUUUUACAGACACUUCCAUCAACAGAUGUCUCUGCUUAGAAGAAUGUUUCAGGUGUCAUCGUGUGCAAAUUUUCAUUCCUUAAGUUCAGCUGUUUGCACCAGGCCAUCCUAUCAGGCAUAUGUGAUCAUCUCUAAGUCUGCCAGCAACCAGUCACACAGAGACAAGUUCAGCUUAGAAAAUGAGACAUUCAGGAAAUAUUUGGACCAUCUCUUAUCAGAGUAUGAAUCAAUGAAUGAGGGAGCAGAUGAAAAAACAGGGAAAGAAAGACGCAUCUACUUGACUGCUCUAGCCAGGAAAAUCCAUGAACUUCAUGGAAAAUGUGCUGAGGUUACAGAAACACAGAAUUUACUAGAUGGCUUACCACCAGAUGAAGAUGAAAUGAGACGUCUGGCUUUAGAAGAAAUGGCAUCUUGCCAAGAAAAGAUCAAACACAUAGAACAUGAGGUGGUUGACCUCUUGACCCCUGACAGGUCAGCUGAUCAUAAUGAUGUCAUCCUGGAAGUCAGUGCUGGGGUUGGAGGUCAAGAGGCUAUGUUGUUUACUGCUGAGGUCUUCCAGAUGUACCAAAACUUUGCCACUUAUAAAGGCUGGAGCUUCCAGAUAAUGAGCUAUGAAGAAAGUGAAAUUGGUGGACUAAGGAGAGCUUCAGCUAGCAUUAGUGGAUCUUUUGUCUACAGGCUGUUCAAGUUUGAAGGGGGUGUUCAUCGGGUACAGAGAGUACCAAAGACAGAGAAGUCUGGGAGAGUCCAUACUAGCACUAUGACCGUGGCUGUCCUACCCCAGCCCACGGAGAUAGACAUUACACUAAACACAAAGGAUUUGCAGAUUGAAACAUGUCGUGCAUCGGGUAAAGGAGGACAACACGUGAAUACAACAGACAGUGCAGUUCGUAUUGUACAUCUGCCAUCAGGUGUUGUUGCUGAGUGUCAGGAAGAAAGAUCCCAGAUCAGAAACAAAGAAAUUGCCAUGAAAGUUCUGAAAUCUAGAAUCUACCAGAAAAUGUUGUACGAGCAGAUGAGUCAACAACAACAGGCCAGAAAGUUUCAGGUUGGAUCAGCCGGCCGCUCUGAGAAGAUACGGACAUACAACUUCAGCCAGGAUCGCAUCACCGACCAUCGCUUAGGCAUGAAUAUGUUUAGUAUCGAGCGCUUUAUGACAGGUCGGGAACAGCUGGAGAAUUUACUCUCUGAACUUCUGCAAGAAUCUAGAUUAGAAAUUUUAGAAGAGACCCUGUCAAACUUUGUUAAGGAGUACAAGCAAUGAAAUGAGAAAUAGACUGGCAUGAUAGAAACAUUAAUGAAGGUCUUUUGUGUAUGAAAGCAAAGGUACAGUGCACAAACAAUGAACCUGCUGAAUGAUAAAUCGGGAAUGUUUUUUCUAUUGUUGUGUAACACCACAACGGAAAGAUGUUCAUUUAUAUAAUGACAGCCAUUAUAUUAUGAAUGGAUGAAACUGUUAUGUGUGGAGUAAACCACCAACCACAUAUUAUACGUGUGAACUUUUACACAAGUGACUUACAUUAUAUUGGUGGAAAGCAUGCGGUCUCCACCGAACUUCAUGCAAGACUGCACGAGGGAUCACCAUCCACCACGUAACAAUGGAAGCAGAGGAAUCUUCUCCUACAAUGGUACUUGAUAAUAAUAACCCUCGCCUUGAGUGACCUAGCAGUCGACAUGGAUGAGGAGAAAUCCAAACAGCUUGAUUGUAAACUGUAUUUUAGAAAGAGACAGGAUUUAGGUUUUCUGUGAAAUAUUGCUAAGGCGACACAUGAUCUUUUUUCUAAGGUAUUUAUUAUGUCGGUAAGUUUUGUAUGUACUGAUAUGUAUGUGAUUAUGAUAGUGCUUUCUUGUGAAAAGUGACAUAAAAAUAUAUUUGUUGCAAAGUUUUGAAGAAGUGUUAUUGAUUUGAAGUAAAUAAUAUAUUCAUUCUUGUAUUACUGGUAAAUAUUGAUGGUAUGCU